AUGGCGAUUAAUGCGGCUAUGGCGUCUACAUCUCCAGCGGCGGCGUCUGACGUUUUCAAAGAACAUAUCGGCCUCCGGAGAUCGUUAUCAGGUCAAGAUCUCGUCGUGAAAGGCGGUGGAAUACGGAGAUCGAGUUCCGAUAAUCACUUGUGUUGUCAUUCCGGUAAUAACAACCGGAUUCGUGCCGUGUCUGCACGUCCAGGCUCGGGGAUGAGAAACAGCAGAUCUUUAGGAGUGUUCUCGUUUCAGAUGUCGAGUUCCAUAAUCCCGAAACCGAUCAAAUCGUUGCUGUUUGAGACGGGAACGUCUCAGGAGGAGAAAGAGAGUGAUGAGACUGAGAUCACUGAGCCAAGUUUAGACGCAGCCAAGAAAGCGAAUUGGGUCGAGAGGUUACUUGAAAUAAGGAGACAGUGGAAGAAAGAACAGAGAACGACAGAGAGUGUUGUAAAUGGUGAAGCUGCAGAGGAAAAUGUAAACGUUACGUGCGGUUGCGAAGAUGGAGAAGGCUGCGUUGCGGAUUACGGAUCUGAAAACGGCGAGUGGGAACGCGAAUCGUUUUCUAGGUUGCUUGUGAAGGUUUCUUGGUCUGAUGCAAAACAGCUUUCUCAGUUAGCUUAUUUAUGUAACGUGGCUUACACGAUACCGGAGAUCAAGGGUGAGGAUUUGAGAAGAAACUACGGUUUGAAGUUUAUUACAUCUUCGCUGGAGAAGAAAGCUAAAGCAGCGAUACUUAGCGAGAAACUUGAGCAAGACUCUACACGAGUACCUGAUUUGACAUCCCAAGAACGUCCUAAAACCGAGAAGCCUCAGCAACGAUCAUCUUCUGAUUCUGCUUACAAUAUCGCUGCUUCAGCCGCGUCAUACAUUCACUCGUGCAAAGAGUAUGAUCUUUCGGAUCCGAACAAUUUGGUUUAUAAAUCAGCGGCUGCGGCUCAAGCGGCAGCGUCUACGAUGACCGCGGUGGUUGCUGCUGGUGAGGAGGAGAAGCAGGAAGCAGCGAGAGAGUUGCAGUCGCUACAAUCUUCUCCUUGUGAGUGGUUUGUGUGUGACGAUCCAAGCACAUACACUAGGUGCUUUGUGAUCCAGGGAUCUGAUUCUUUAGCUUCUUGGAAAGCAAAUCUCUUCUUUGAGCCAACCAAGUUUGAGGAUACGGAUGUAUUAGUCCAUAGAGGAAUCUACGAGGCAGCAAAAGGAAUAUACGAACAGUUCUUACCCGAAAUAACAGAGCAUUUGUCUAGACACGGAGAGAGAGCUAGGUUUCAGUUUACGGGACAUUCUCUUGGAGGCAGCCUCUCGUUAAUAGUGAAUCUGAUGCUUCUCAGUAGAGGACUCGUUAGCUCUGCGUCCAUGAAACCUGUUGUCACGUUCGGUUCACCGUUUGUGUUUUGUGGCGGUGAGAAGGUUCUAGAGGAGCUUGGUCUUGACGAGAGUCAUAUCCACUGUGUGAUGAUGCAUAGAGAUAUUGUCCCACGAGCCUUCGCUUGUAAUUACCCUGACCACGUUGCUCUCGUCCUCAAGCGUUUGAAUGGGACGUUCCGUACACAUCCUUGUCUCAACAAAAAUAAACUGUUGUAUUCACCGAUGGGGAAAGUAUUUAUUCUGCAGCCGAGUGAGAGCGUGUCGCCGACGCACCCUUGGCUACCGCCGGGAAACGCUCUCUACGUUUUAGACAAGAGCAAGGAGGGUUACUCUCCCGCGGCGUUGCGUGGGUUUCUAAACCGGCCUCACCCGCUCGAGACGCUGAGUCAACGCGCGGCUUACGGCUCGGAAGGUUCGGUCUUGAGGGACCACGACUCCAAAAACUACGUCAAGGCCGUGAACGGAGUUAUCCGACAGCAGACGAAGCUCAUCGUUAGGAAAGUAAGGAGACAGCGGAGGAGUACGGUUUGGCCGGUGCUGACGUCAACUGAACGGAACUCUUGGAUAAACGACGGGAGCCUGACGGCAACAGAGGAGAUCAUGACACGUGUUUAG